UCAAGUUUUAGUCGCAUCAAAAAUAAAGAAAAUGAUGCGAAUAUACAAAGUUUAUCAUCGCCUCUCUCCAUACCCUUCUUGUUGUCUCCUCCAUCCUUUUUCUCUCGGCAACGCCCGAUUCCCUCCCUCCUCCAUCCGCUCACCUGGCCAUCUGAGAACUCACUCUAGAAACCUCUUCAAUCCGGCAAUGCCCGUCUCCCGAUUCAAUCCACUCCUCCCUGUCAACUCGGCUCUCGCUGAAGACAGCAGCACCGCUGGCAAUGGUUCCGCAAAUGCUUCCGUUACUUUCACUGAAGAAGACGAUGAGAAUGUUGCAAUCGGAGUUAAGUAUCGUGUUCCGCCUCCGGAAAUUCGAGAUAUAGUUGACGCUCCGCCGCUUCCCGCGAUUUCAUUUUCGCCAUUGAGGGAUAAAAUUCUGUUUCUCAAGCGGAGAUCUUUGCCUCCUCUGGUGGAACUAGCGAGACCUGAGGAAAAGCUUGCUGGCAUUCGAAUUGAUGGGAAAUGCAACACCAGGAGCCGGAUGUCUUUCUACACUGGCAUCGGAAUCCAUCAACUGAUGCUUGAUGGCUCGUUGGGACCUGAGAAAGAGGUUACUGGACUCUCUGAUGGUGCUAAGAUUAAUUUUGUCAGUUGGUCAAAUGAUGGUAAACAUUUGGCCUUCAGUGUUCGUUUUGAGGAAGAGGAGAGUAGUUCUAGUAAGCUUAGACUGUGGGUUGCUGACGUUGAGACUGGAACAGCUAGGCCGCUGUUUCAGUCACAGGAUAUUUAUCUCAAUGCAGUGUUUGAUAAUUAUAUUUGGCUGGAUAACUCGACCCUUUUGGUUUGUACUAUUCCUUUGUCUCGUGGAGACCCACCAAAGAAACCUUUGGUUCCUUCUGGCCCGAAGAUUCAAUCCAAUGAGCAGAAAUCUGUCGUUCAAGUUAGAACGUACCAGGAUUUGCUGAAGGAUGAAUAUGAUGAGGAUUUAUUUGAUUACUAUGCCACUUCUCAACUUGUUUUGGUGUCCCUGGAUGGCAAGGUGAAGGAGGUUGGUUCACCGUCCGUUUACACAUCUAUGGAUCCUUCCCCUGAUGAGAAGUACAUUUUGGUUAGUUCGAUUCAUAGGCCGUAUUCCUUUAUUGUACCGUGUGGAAGGUUCCCCAAGAAAGUGGAUGUGUGGACAGCUGAUGGGAAAUUUGUUAGAGAGCUCUGCGACUUGCCCCUUGCAGAGAACAUUCCUAUUGCAUUCAAUAGUGUGCGAAAAGGGAUGAGGUCAAUCAAUUGGAGAGCAGAUAAGCCUUCAACUUUAUACUGGGCAGAGACGCAAGAUGAAGGUGAUGCAAAAGUAGAAGUUUCGCCACGUGAUAUAAUCUACACACAGGCUGCAGAGCUACAUGAAGGUGAACAGCCAGAAAUAUUACACAAACUUGAUCUUCGCUAUGGAGGGAUUUCGUGGUGUGAUGAUUCACUGGCUCUGGUCUAUGAGUCAUGGUACAAGACACGUCGAAUAAGAACCUGGGUUAUAUCUCCUGGAUCAAAAGAUGUGAGUCCACGCAUACUCUUUGAUAGGUCAUCUGAGGAUGUGUACUCUGAUCCUGGUUCUCCAAUGCUGAGGAGAACUCCUGCUGGGACUUAUGUGAUAGCUAAGCUAAGGAAAGAAAAUGAUGACGGAACUUAUGUUUUGCUGAAUGGAAAUGGUGCUACACCAGAGGGGAACAUCCCCUUCCUUGAUUUGUUUGACAUAAAUACUGGCAGUAAAGAACGAAUAUGGGAGAGUGACAAAGAAAAGUAUUAUGAGAGUGUUGUUGCUUUGAUGUCAGAUCAGAAAGAAGGGGAUAUCCACCUUAAUGACCUGAAGAUUCUUACUUCUAAAGAGUCGAAAACAGAGAAUUCCCAAUAUUACAUUCAAAGUUGGCCAGAUAGGAAAUCAUGUCAGAUCACAGACUUCCCUCAUCCAUAUCCACAGUUGGCAUCAUUGCAGAAAGAGAUGAUUAGGUACCAUAGGAAGGAUGGGGUUCAACUUACUGCAACAUUGUACUUGCCACCAGGGUAUGAUCCAUCAAAAGAUGGGCCUCUUCCAUGUCUGGUUUGGUCUUACCCAGGGGAAUUUAAAAGCAAAGAUGCAGCUGGACAAGUUCGCGGUUCUCCUAAUGAGUUUGCAGGCAUAGGUCCAACAUCAGCUCUCCUUUGGCUUGCUAGAAGAUUUGCUAUCUUAUCUGGGCCAACAAUCCCAAUAGUUGGUGAAGGGAAUGAAGAAGCCAAUGAUAGGUAUGUAGAGCAACUGGUUUCAAGUGCAGAGGCAGCUGUUGAGGAAGUUAUCCGACGUGGAGUAGCUCAUCCUAACAAAAUUGCUGUAGGGGGACAUUCCUAUGGAGCAUUCAUGACCGCAAACCUUCUAGCACAUGCUCCUCACCUUUUCUCUUGUGGGAUUGCUCGUUCUGGAGCUUACAACAGAACCCUUACACCUUUUGGUUUUCAGAAUGAGGAUAGAACACUUUGGGAGGCAACUAAUACCUAUGUAGAGAUGAGCCCAUUCAUGUCUGCAAAUAAAAUCAAGAAGCCUAUCUUGCUUAUCCAUGGAGAAGAAGACAACAACCCUGGAACACUAACCAUGCAGUCGGAUCGUUUCUUCAAUGCUCUGAAGGGUCAUGGAGCUCUUUGCCGCCUUGUCAUUCUACCCUACGAGAGCCAUGGCUAUGCUGCUAGAGAAAGCAUCAUGCAUGUCCUCUGGGAAACUGAUAGAUGGCUUCAAAAGCAUUGUGUGCCAAACACUUCUGAAGUGAGUACAGAUACUGAUGCAAGCAAAGAUGGAGAGGGCAAGGAAGUUACAGAUUCUGAAAACAAAGCAGUUGCUGCCAGUGGAGGAGGUGGUGCAGAGCUGGCAGAUGAUUUCAGAAGUGGGCAGCUCCAUUCCAAGCAAAGGUCAUUAAUGUGGCAUUCCUGAGCUUUGGCCCGGGGACUUAAAUUGGACGGAUGAUGUUUGGUACCGAGACUGCAAACGCUGCAAUAGAUGGUUACUACCGACAUCAUAUAUUACUGCAACCCCAUAGUGGCAUUUGGUUUGGACGUCAAAGCACAGGGCACACAGCUUAUGUGAUCUAAAACCACGCAACUCUCAUUGUUAGUUUAUCAAAACAAGUUAGCCAUAGUUUAGUUUACGAAGCAUGAAAUUCAGAAAUCUAGUAUUGUGGGGGUCGAAAGCAAACCGAGGCAAG